ACCUUUUCACCCAUGGCAGCGGUGGGCGACAUCCAUGGUGAGCGGGUGGCCCUGCUGGCCAAGCCCAGAGAGAUAUUCGUCACCUCUGCCUAUCUGUACCCUCUCAAGGGUUUCUACUUUUGCGUCCGCCACAGUUUUAUGUGGCCGCUAUUUCGAACGCGGUUUAUUCCGUGCUUAAUAGUGUCGCUUGUCGUGCUCCCCACCCUCUUCAUCGUGGCGUAUCUACCGCAGGUCGCCUUUCUCGCCAUCUUUCAAGGGAACCUGGCGUGGUUUAACGCUGUUUUCUUGGUGUUGGGUGAAGCUGCUGCGAUAAUUGCGCUGCUAUUCGAGGCGUUCUUUGUGGACGAGACGCUGGUGAAGAUAUUCGAUGCUGUGUUGAUUCAUCAGGGCUUCCCCGCGCUCGUUGCCAACCGCCGUACCCUGGUCCCCAAUGCCCCUGAUGCUGUACAACAACUCGGAAAGGCCACCAAGUCCGCGAUCUACUCCCCGUUCUCCUUCCGGCUCUCGUUCGAAUACCUCUUCUUUCUCCCCCUUACCUUCAUCCCACUGGGCGGCGGCCCGCUUUACUGCCUUGUCCUCGGCCGGCGCGCGGGGCCCUUCCACCAUUACCGCUACUUCAAGCUUCUCGGCCUGGACGAGCGGCAGCGAAACGAGGAGGCGCGAAAGAGGCGGUGGAAGUAUACCUGGUUUGGGAUGGUUGCGCUGCUGCUGCAGCUUGUGCCGGUGUUCUGCAUGUUGUUUUUGUUAACAACUUCGGCGGGAGCAGCACUAUGGGCAGCAGAUCUGGAGCGCAAGAAAACGAGAGAACGAGAGGGAGGCCCGACAAUUCCCGUCGAGGUUUGA